CUCCCGCUGCCCGAGCGGCGGAGGCGGGGCCGGGGUAGGCCGGCGCGGAGCCAUGCCAGGCGCCGGGGCCGGCCUGCGGCUGGCGUUGCUGGGAGCGCGGCGGGCGGCGGGCGCGGUGCCCCGGGGAGCCGCCGGCGGGAGCCGCGCUGCCAUGUCUUCGCAGUCUCACUGGUUGACGACGGAGGAGAGGAACCAAGUUUUACUUGAUCUCAAAGCUUCAGGCUGGUCUGAGUUAGGUGAAAGAGAUGCCAUCUACAAAGAGUUCAAUUUCAAAAAUUUUAAUCAGGCUUUCGGAUUUAUGACGCGCGUUGCUCUGCAAGCAGAGAAGAUGAAUCACCACCCGGAAUGGUUUAAUGUGUACAGCAAGGUUCAGAUAACUCUGAUUUCCCACGACUGCGGUGGACUGACCAAGAGAGAUGUGAAGCUGGCUCAGUUUAUUGACAAAGCUGCUGCCUCAGUGUAACCAAGAUGUAAAAUGCUUUAAUACAGUGUCCACCAAUAUUUUGUAUUUUGAAAGGGUAUCCCUCAUUCCUUGUAACCCUGAUUUCACAAAACCCCUGAGACAAGAUAUUUUGGUAAAAAGAGUGGCUUAGUUUUGUUGGCCUUUAAGACCUUGGGCUGAGAGACCCCUCUGGAUGCUGCGCUUGUCCUUUGCCAUCCCUGGCUCCGCGUGAGGAUGUAGCAGAUAUAAACCAGCAACAAAUAAGUUUUGAACAAUCCUUUUCUAGAAACUAAAGCUGGAAUGAAAGCAGGAGCCCACCUGCACGUGUCGGUGUUCCCCAUCUGAGAUGCAGGGCUGGAUCCUGCAGUUGCUGAAAACUUUAGAUCUGGUCCAGCAAAUACAGAAAUAGCCCAGUGAGCUUCCGGCACUCACAUCAUUAAACGAAGCAUGAGCUUAAAUGCUUGGCUGGGCCGGAUCGGUGCUCAGCACCUUGCAGGAUUGAGGCAUUAUUUGUGUUGUAACGCUCCCGUACCUGCCGGGUUGGGGGGUGUAGCUUGGCCGGGUGCCCGCAGCGCUGGCCAGAGCUGCCGGCGGUGAAGGAAGCGGCAUUAGCAGGAUUCUCGCUAAGCUGGGCUCGGCUGAAGCUAUGCUCACCCUUUUUUUUUUUUUUUUUUUUUUUUUUUUGUGUGUGGCUACAAUUACUCAUUGCGAACAUUGUUCCGAGAGCUGCAGAUCCCACUGACGAGCUUUAAAAUAAUUUCUUCCGUGGUUUCAAAGUCUUUGUUUUUAUCCUAUGAUCCUCACCGAGACAGAUUUCCACUGCCGGCAGGGAGAUUUCAACCUGCUUAAGGCUUGCAGAAGGGCCUCUCGCUCUGCAAUCCCGCUGCCGAGCGUCCCCAACGUGCGCCGUCAUGCCCUGCAAGCAGCUCUGGGUGCGGAGCUCCCGGGAGAUUGACACCUCCGAAAUGCCUGAGCGCAUUAGUCGAAUGACACCAGCGGCGCAGCCACCGGCUACUGAGAAGUGAGAUACACGAGUGCCAAAAUCUGCAUUGGGUGUAUAUGUGAGGUGUGUGGUCUCUCAGAUAUUCGGGAUGCAAAAUGCCACUAGCUGCCGUGCAAGUAUUCGAGUCAAUAAAAUAAGAAAGGUAUUUUUUGUUAAUCCUUAGCAAGCGCGCUGUCAUGUGCUAAUUGGUCACGGGAAGCAAGAUGUGGGGUUUAUUGUUAGUAACCCUACUUGGGAUAUCAAGUUAAUACCUAAAAAGACCCAAAAUUCGGACUACGUGCUCAAAUGUUCUUUGCUUCCAAGUGCCUUUCCCCAGUGAAGUGGCGGAUUUCCCUGAUAUGGUUUGAAAAUGGUCACUGUUAUGAGGAAUGAAUAAAACUAAAACAAACAACCAGGCUGUGAUGUCUCCUGUUACUGGUGGGGAAGUGAAAUGAGCUUCACCCAAAGUUUUGACAGCAUCUGUAAUGGACUGUGAAAACUCUGCUGUUAGAAAUUGAUAUAUAAUGUGUGCACUUUGAAUAAAACCAAUAAAAUCAAAUUCCUCCUUUGUAA